AUGGUGCUCGACUUGGACCUCUUUCGGACCGACAAAGGUGGCGAUCCCGAAAUCAUCCGUGAGACCCAGAGGAAGAGGUUUAAGGACGUUACAUUGGUAGAUAAACUGGUGGCCGCAGACUCAGAGUGGAGAAAAUGCCGCUUCACUGCAGACAACCUGAACAAAGCCAAGAACCUCUGCAGCAAAAGCAUUGGGGAGAAGAUGAAGAAAAAGGAGCCAGUAGGAGAGGAUGAAUCUGUACCAGAGGAAGCUCAGAACCUGGAGGCCCUAACAGCUGAAACACUAUCGGCCUUGACUGUAACACAGAUCAAAAAGGUGCGGUUGCUUGUGGACGAGGCAGUGGAGAAAACCGACCGGGAGAGGAUUAAGCUGGAAGCGGAGCGGUUUGAAUACCUUAGGGAUAUCGGAAACCUCCUGCAUCCUUCUGUACCGGUCAGCAAUGACGAGGAUGCAGACAACAAAGUGGAGCGUACCUGGGGUGACUGCAGCGUCCAGAAGAAGUACUCCCACGUUGACCUGGUGGUCAUGAUCGACGGCUUUGAUGGAGAGAGAGGAGCCAUUGUUGCUGGGAGUCGAGGCUACUUUUUAAAGGGUCCUCUGGUAUUCCUGGAGCAGGCUUUGAUCAACUAUGCCUUAAGGAUCCUCCACAGCAAGAACUACACCAUGUUGUACACGCCUUUCUUCAUGAGGAAAGAGGUCAUGCAGGAAGUGGCCCAGCUCAGCCAGUUUGAUGAGGAGCUGUAUAAGGUUAUUGGUAAGGGCAGCGAGAAGUCAGACGACAGUUCUAUAGAUGAGAAGUACCUGAUCGCUACCUCUGAGCAGCCCAUCGCUGCCUUCCUGAGGGAAGAGUGGCUGAAACCUGAGGACCUUCCUAUCCGUUACGCCGGCUUCUCUACCUGCUUCAGGCAGGAAGUGGGUUCGCAUGGAAGGGACACCCGUGGGAUCUUCAGGGUGCACCAGUUUGAGAAGAUUGAGCAGUUUGUGUACGCCUCCCCUCAUGAUGGCAAAUCGUGGGAGAUGUUUGAUGAGAUGAUUGGAACAGCAGAGGAGUUCUACCAGUCACUGGGAAUUCCUUAUCGCAUCGUAAAUAUUGUCUCUGGGGCUCUGAAUCAUGCAGCCAGUAAGAAGCUGGAUCUGGAAGCCUGGUUCCCAGGAUCAGGGGCCUUCAGAGAGCUGGUCUCCUGCUCAAACUGCACCGACUACCAGGCUAGACGUCUCCGCAUCCGCUACGGACAGACCAAAAAGAUGAUGGAUAAGGCGGAGUUUGUGCACAUGUUAAAUGCAACCAUGUGUGCAACAACACGCGUGAUGUGUGCCAUCCUGGAAAACUACCAAACAGAUGAAGGCAUCAUUGUUCCAGAGAAGCUGAGGGACUUCAUGCCUCCUGGUUUGACAGAAAUCAUCAAAUUUGUGAAGCCUGCCCCCAUUGAUCAGGAGAUGUUGAAGAAAGCAAAGAAACAGCAGGAAGGAGGGAAGAAGAAAAAGAAGGAAGGAGACCUGCCCAACGCCAUGGAGAGCAUGUCUGUCAACGACUCAUAGACGACAUCAGCAACCUCACAGAUCCAAAACAUCACUUUGACUUCAAAGUUUGUAAUUCAGGCAUUUCUUUCCUUCUAAACUGAAAUAGUUUAUUCUAUAAGAGAAGGAAACACUUGUGUAUCAUCUUGUUAGAGGUUGUUUAAUCUCUGAAGGGAAGAGGCUUCUUGCUCCAUCCAAUGUCAGUCUUCAUCUCUUUAAAAAAAUAAUUGUCUGUAUUUCCCCACUCUCUGCCUAAAUAAAACUCAAGAUAUAACUUCUUAAUCUACCAGUUGGCGCAUUUAGAUGACGAUGCUUCUUCACUUUAAUCUCAGUUUCUUUCUGUGGUCCAUUGAAUUCACAUCAGUGGAUGAUAUUCAUUAUAAUGGACAUCUGUGUUUUGAGCAAUGUUAAUCACUUCAGAUGCAAUUUCAACAUGUUUGGCAUAUUUCAUUAAAUCCAUUUGCCAUAUGUUUCGCUUUCUUUCCUGUAAUCUCAUCACAAUCAAAACUGUUGCUGCUUGAUGCCAAUAUUGACAAAGAAUAUUGACGUCCUCUGUAUGAUUUAAAAAUUGUAUGUGAAUGCGCAUUUGGCACUUCCUGUAAACAAUAAAUACAACAGAUGUGAA